UGCUAUUAGCCAUUCCCACAACAUGAUGGUAUUUCGCUGUUAUCUGCUGCACAUAUAAGAUAGGCAUUAUAAUUCUAAAUUACACAUUACUGUUUCAUUUAAAUUACCGAAAUAUUAUACAAUGACGCCAAUCUGGAAAGUAACGUCUUACGUUGAGCGGUCCCGGAUAUCCCUGAAUUUACAAACACACUUAACCAUCGCUGUGCCAGUAACCUGCUGAGAGCUAAUGAACGGAGCAAAGGAAGUAUUAAAGACGUUUAAAAAGAAUUUCAUGUCAUAUUAGGCAAGACUGGGAAGUGGGUCAGACAUGUUUGCGACUACGACUACGAGUGACAACGGCCGUGACGGUCCUGAAAGUGAUGCAAAGCCGCCUCGGACCACCGCAACAACGGAAUACUGCGCAAAGUUGCAGCAGUGGAUGUGGCAGUAUUACUGGGGGUAUGCCAACUGGCAGAGCUGGGUCUCUCUGUCAGCCUUCCCUCCUCCGUGCAGUUUCCCUCCGCCGGGGACAAGCGCUCAGACAGCGGGUACACCUGCCUCGACCUCCGGCGGCGGGCAGCACGCUUUUGACACGGGAAACUGGUACAGCUACCCUUAUCCCCUCGGUUUCCCUGCAUCCUCUACUCAUCCGGGUGCUGCCCAGACCGAGCAGGGCUCAGCCGCGACCCCGACCCCAGCUAAUGUUACUGAUGCCCGGCCAGCCCAGCAGCAGAAUGGGAAUCCAGCUCAGCCAGGACGGGAGUACACCAUCCCCUCUCCUCUCCAGAGGUUCCUAGCUGAGACAGUGGACUUCUUUAUCCUGUUUUGUGUGAAGGCCACCAUCGUGCUGUGGAUCAUGCAUCUGAGUGGUAUGAAGGACAUUGCCAAAUUUAUUACCCACUUCAUCGUGGAGGAGAUAGAUGAGAACACGUCCAUGGAGGACCUACAGAAGAUGAUGGCUGUAGCUCUGGUCUACAGGGUGUUAGUGUGCGUCUAUGAGACAAUCUGUAUUUGGGGUGCUGGUGGUGCCACACCAGGGAAGUUCCUGCUUGGCCUGCGGGUGGUGACAUGUGACACGUCCACUCUGGUCCGACCCAACCGAGUCCUUGUAGUCCCAGCGUCUAAUGUUUCCCUCUCUGCCUCCACAGUGCGGGCACUUAAUAAGAACUUCUCCAUUGCCUUCCUCUUUCCCGUCUUCAUCACUCUCCUUUUCUUCCAGCACAACAGGACUGUGUAUGACAUCGUGGCAGGGACCAUUGUUGUCCAGCGUAGAGGGGGCAGAUAGCCUCUCCUCCAGCAGCAGACUCUCGUAUACUUGGCAGGGUAACUACAAAGUGCUACAGGCCCAUGUGUGCUGAGUGUCUUGAAAUCAGUCACAAAUGAACUAACAUUGAAAAAAGCAAGGCAUUGGCCCAUUUCUUCACUGGAUCAAACAAGGACUUAAACUGCACUUUAAAAUUGGAUGCAUUGAGGUUUAGGCCUAGUACUUUGGAAUCAAAAGAAUCCAGCUUUACAUCUUUUGGUGUAAACAUUUUUUUUACCACAGAAUCAACAAUAAGCUGUCAGGAAGCCCUCUGAAGUAUUGUGAUUUUUGAUAAUUGCAAAGUAUGUUAAGCAGAAAAGGGUGCAGUCCAAUUUUUCUGUGAUAUGUUGAUAUUUUUCCUCAUAUGAUUUGAAUCUUGAUAUGUGUCCUAUGUCAUAAUAUAUUGUUUAUUUAUUUUUGCAAAGCUUAGAGCCCCUAUGUGUAGGAUUUAAAAAUUGUAACUUUGGCGACCCCCAGUGGCUGUACCAGAAAAGACCCCAAGAAGCCCACCAAUUUUCACAGUGGUUGUCUGAUUUUUCUACAAACAGAAACUGCCAUCAUAAUAAUUUGACACACGCUAUAAUCACAAACGAGUUCUACAGAUAGGGGCUUUAAAGCAGGAUUAAACAUUAUUAGGUUCUAAACAUUGCAGCAUUUUCUUGUAUGCAUUGUUGUUUUCUUCAAGGUAAUAAUGGUGAAUCAGAUGUUCGGUUUACUAAUGAUUUUUUUGUGUUACAUUGCGAUUAUUCUUAAGUAUUCACACUGAAAAGGCCAGGCUCAUUUGUAUCCAUUCUUUGUGCCUAUGGAUAUUUUGAUGAAGAACCUUCUGCCAUAGUGAAAUGUAACAAUAACUUUUCUCCCCAUGGUAAAAGGUUCAAACACAAGAAAUCAUGUUUGUGAAUUCCCCGCUCAUAUUUUCUGUCUUCAGACUUGUAAUUCUUGUGACUCAGGGCGACUAUUUUUCAAAACUCUUCUGGUAUUAAAGAUUAUAAAUGAUUUAUUCACAUA